AGCUGCCUUUACUCUGUUCUGAAGAUACGAAACCCACUCCCUCCGUUUCCAUCACCAUGCAUACUAGAGAGAGAAAGACAAGACAGCAGUCAGAGUGGUUCAGAUCUGAACAACAUCUAGAAAUUCCAACUCGGGGCAGAAUUCAUUGAAACACUUCUGGUGAAGGUUUCGAGAACCGAUUCGAGAUUUCGAGCUUAUCUUUUUUCUCGGUUUCAGUGGUUUACAGAGACACUCUAAUUGUUUGCCGUACCUCCGUAUCCGUGCUUUGAGUGAAGUCUACUGGAAACUUUAUUUCGAGUGCCUUCUUGUUGGCGGAAUUGCCGUGCCGAGCCGAGCCGAGCCUUGUGGAGACAUUCUUCUCUUCUCUUUCCAGACAACAGAGGAGCUACCUGCAGGAGUUAUUCUUGCAUCGAUGAGUUGAGCAAUUCAACAAUUCGAAAUUAAAUCUGAGUCAUUUUUGUCGAAUUCAACAAUAAAUCUUCAAAGAUGAUGCACGCAAAGUCUGACUCCGAUGUUACGAGUUUGGCUCCUUCGUCGCCUUCACGGUCUCCGAAAAGGCCUGUUUACUACGUGCAGAGCCCCUCCCGGGACUCUCAUGAUGGCGACAAGUCCUCUUCCAUGCAAGCGACCCCCAUCUACAACAGUCCGAUGGAGUCGCCUUCUCACCCGUCGUUUGGGCGUCACUCUAGGGCUUCUUCCUCAAGUCGGUUCUCGGGAACAUUUAGAUCUUCCUCGGGGCGGAAGGCAAACCGGAAAAGGAACGAUAAGGGAUGGCCCGAGUGUAAUGUCAUUCAGGAAGAGGGGUCUUAUGAUGAUCUUGAUGGUGAAAAGGGUCUCUCUCGUCGUUGCCAGGCCUUGAUUGCUCUUUUGGGUUUUGUUCUGCUCUUCACCGUCUUUUCCCUCAUUAUCUGGGGUGCUAGUCGGCCUUACAGAGCAAAGAUAGUUGUGAAGAGCAUGGCAGUAAACAAUUUCUAUUCUGGCGAGGGAUCUGACUCCACUGGUGUCCCAACCAAGAUGCUGACACUGAACUGUUCAUUGAGGAUGAGCGUAUACAACCCAGCCAACUUGUUUGGUAUUCAUGUUAGCUCUACACCUGUCAAUCUCAUCUUUUCGGAAAUUGCAGUUGCAACUGGCCAGUUGAAGAGAUACUAUCAGCCCAGAAAAAGUCGCCGUAUUAUUGCCGUGUCCCUGGAAGGAAAUAAGGUUCCUCUGUAUGGUGCGGGGGCAAGCUUGGCGGUCUCUGAUAAUAAGGGUGCAGUUCCAUUGACGUUGGAUUUUGAAAUCAGAACACGAGGAGAUGUGGUUGGAAAGCUGGUGAGGACGAAACACAGAAGGCAUAUAUCUUGUCCUGUAGUCAUUGAUCCUAGUAGCACCAAACCUAUCAAGUUCAAAGAGGGUUCAUGUAUAUAUGAUUGAACUCAACCCUGUUCCAGGAUCGAGUCCUUGCCAUAGUCGGAUGUUUCAGCCUUGAGAUUAGCGUGCCGAUUCUACGCAGUGACAGCACCCUGCUAGCCGAGGGGCAAGAAGUUCUAUUCUGAGAAGUAUCAGCAGCAUCCUGGUUGCUGUCUGUGGUGAUUAUUAUUUUUUGGUUUUUUGGUUGGGGUGAUGAAGUUGUGAGAGGUUCAUCUAUAUUGUCUUAUUGAAAGGUUCGUUCUAUAUAAUUUAUUUGUUUUGUACUUGCUUCUCAUAGUCAGUACACCGAAAAGGGUAAUUUAUUCUUCGUUCUUUGAUAUCUUA